AUGGCUGGACCAACUCUGCACGGAAUAUUUGGACGUAUGUCUGGCACCGCACCUGGCUACGUUUAUUCAGAAUCAAAUAGGAAGACGGGCGUGGUGUGGACCAGAGAAACGUUGUUCGACUACCUGGAAAACCCAAGAAAAUACAUUCCAGACAAGAUUGCUUCCUUUGUAGGGAUACAAGAAACCAGAAGAACUCAGUUUUAUUCGUCUAAUUCAAUGGGUAAGGGGUCCGACUCGGGGAGCGGUGGGAUUCCAGAAGGCGACUAUGAAAAAGGAAAAAAGGUUUUCAAGCAACGAUGUUCACAAUGUCAUGUUAUCGACUCGAUGGCGUCCAAGACAGGUCCCACUUUGAAUGGUUUGAUUGGCCGCAAGUCCGGGGAAGUACCCGGCUUCACCUACUCGGACGCUAACAAGAAUAAGGGAGUGGUGUGGACACGAGAAACGUUGUUCGACUAUCUAGCUGAUCCGAAGAAGUACAUUCCGGGCACAAAGAUGGUCUUUGCCGGCAUUAAGAAACCCGGUGAACGUGCCGAUCUCAUCAAGUAUAUCGAAGUGGAAGGUGCUAAGAAGCCAUCUUAA